AUGUUGACGGAGGAUAGAGGCGCAAGCGGCUUCCCAGUCGGCAUGGAUGCUGGUGAAGAAACGGCCGAAGCUCGCGCCAAGGUACGCCAUCUCAUGGCUCAGGCGCCAAAUGCUCGUCCACCCGAAUUUGUCAAUCCGUUGGAGAAGAUCGAGCAACUGCUCACCUGUCCGAUUUGUCUUGAUCGCUACAAGCAACCAAAACUUCUCCCAUGUCAGCACACCUUCUGUUACCCGUGCCUUGAAUCGUGUGCCGAUUCCCUGCACCGGACACUCAAGUGCCCGGAAUGUCGGGCUGAACAUUCAAUUCCGUACGAAGGAGUGAAAGCCUUUCAGUCAAACUACACUCUGACUGGUUUCCUCGAAAUCCACCUGCAAGCCACACCGGACUCAGCUGCAGAGAUUGAGGAGUAUAUCCGUAGGUAA